UUAGACACCUCUAGAUAUAGUCUUAUAGAUAGCUGAAUUAAAUUUGCUACACCUGAUAUAAUCCGCAAACCUGUAGGCUCUUCAGAAAAUUUUCUACCUAUUGCUGCCCUUUUCAAAAUCACACACGCUUAAACAUAUAUGUACACGACGCAUCAUCGUCAUAAUUUGGCGAUUAAACGACUUUGAUCGGAGAUGAUGUCCGGCAACUACUCAUCCAUCGACAAUCAAAACGUCUCCGGAUCUGUGCCGGCCGUCAGCGAUCGGCCUUCCCACGUUGCUGUAAAGUUUACCGAUUCCAGUCUGCAGACUUUUACGCCGGCCGGAUCUCAGGGGAAGAUAUCUGCUGCCUCGGGACCCCCUCGUGAUGCUGAUGACACAUUUAGCAAACCUGUAUCUGGUUCUGAUGAGCCCCAGCAGAAUGGUUGGUUCCAAUCGUUCACAAUUGCUGCAUACAGGCCCUACUUUGAUGUUGACACGUCUGAUGUUCUAGAAAGGAUCAGAGAUUCACUCUUUCCUUUCAGAGGAAGCUUCUCCGAGAAGACUGCCAGCAACCCAGAUUUAUACGGGCCUUUCUGGAUAUGCACCACCUUGAUAUUUGUGGCGGCUUCCAUUGGUACAUUUGUCACCUACAUAGCACACAAGCUGCAAAAGAAGGAAUGGGACUAUGACAUCAAUCUCGUGACCUGGUCUGCUGGUUUGUUCUAUGGCUAUGUCACAUUAGUGCCGCUUGUGUUGUAUAUUGUCCUCAAAUACUUCUCUGCCCCAUCUGGCCUCGUUCAGCUGCUUUGUCUGUAUGGCUACUCCCUGUUUAUCUUCAUUCCUGCUCUGUGUUUAUCGGUUAUUCCUCAGGAGAUUUUCCGGUGGGUCAUUGCCGGUGUAGCUGGUUUCAUGUCUGCCUCGUUUGUGGCCCUAAACCUCAGAAAUCACAUCAAAUCUGCCGGAGAACGUUGGUUCCUUAUUGUGGCUGCUAUCUUCUUGUUGCAGCUUGCUCUUGCUUUGGCCCUGAAAUUCUAUUUGUUCACUGUGACCGUGUAAAAAACUAGAAACCACCGCAAAUGAGGUGAAGAAAGUUUGAGAUAGAUAGUUCUUGUUGAUCCAAUUUGUUUUUUGUUCCCUUUUUAAUGGGAAGAAAAUUAGAAAACAAAAACAUGAACUAUGUGCAAUUGUGCUACAAACUAAGUGCAGCCUUAUUGUAUUCAUGCAUUUUCGGACAGUUUUGUAUGUGUGACCUACAUGAUGUGUGGAUCAAAGAUUUGUGAGUACUGAAUAUAUACAGCUUCGAUUAUGAGUGUGCACUUGUAUUAGAAAAGACAUCAUCCUUACAGAUGUGGUUUAUAAAUUAUAAAAUCAAGUCUGGUGUACG